AUGGCUUCUUUCCCUCCUCCCGCCAUGAAACCCAAAGGCGGCUUCUUUAUCAUAUCCAUACUCAUCUUAUCUUCAUUCAUUUCUUUCUCUUCUGCACAUAUAUUCAUCCCAAUAUUCGAUCCUCGUCCAUGGUGGAACUGGAAUCCAAAUCCAUCUUAUGAUCAAGAACAACCACCCCCACAACAAGAACAACAAGACCCACAACCAGAAUUCAAAUUUCCAAAUGUUAGACUUAAACAAGCCCAUUCUGUUCUCAAGGCAUGGAAAGAUCUUAUCGAUGAUGACCCACAUAACAUGUUGGCAAAUUGGGAUGGUCCUGAUGUUUGUGGCUACACUGGAGUUUAUUGCGAAACUUCCAUAGAUGGUUCCAAAAUAGCUGUAGUCGCUGGAGUUGAUCUUAACCAAGGUGACAUUUCCGGCCAAAUCCCAGAUCAAAUUGGUCAAUUAACCGAUAUAUCAUUACUCCAUAUCAAUUCAAAUAGAUUCCGUGGCAAAAUCCCAAAUAGUAUUUCAAAACUUACUCUUUUACAUGAACUUGAUCUCAGCAACAAUCAUUUAUCAGGUCCUUUCCCUGAAAUAGUACUCGAUUUACCCAAUCUUAAAUAUCUUGAUCUUCGUUAUAAUGAUUUCCAAGGACCAUUACCUCCGCAGUUAUUUGAAAAGAAUCUAGACGCAUUGUUCAUCAACAAUAACAGAUUCACAUCUGUCAUACCUGAAACAAUUGGAAAAUGCCCUGCUUCUGUUUUGGUGUUUUCAAACAACAAGUUUAAUGGAGCAAUUCCGAAGAGUAUUGGACAAAUGACUAAUUUGAAUGAAGUAAUUUUCUCUAACAAUGAAAUGUCUGGCUGUAUGCCGGAAGAGAUCGGAAAGAUUAAGAAUUUGACUGUCGUGGAUAUAAGUAACAAUGGGCUGACAGGCGAUUUACCUGGUCUUUGUCAAUUGAAAAACGCUGAGGUUUUUGAUUUCUCCGGUAAUAAGAUGACAGGGGAUGUUCCAGAUAAUAUCUGCACGUUGCCGAAAAUGGAGAAUUUGAAUUUUGUUAACAAUUAUUUCAAAGGGAUUGGAAAGGUAUGUAGAGAUUCUGCGUUCGAGAUUGCGUUGAACGUUUCGGAUAAUUGUUUGUCUGAUAAUCAUAACCAUGAUCAAAAGCCAAAGGAAACGUGCGAUCGCGUUUUAUCUAAACCUGUUGAUUGCGGUAGAAAUCACAAUGAUGAUAAAAAAAACACCAAGAAACCUCCGGUGAUACGUCCUCCAAUUCCACCACAUCCAUCGCCAACGCCGACAACGAUACCGACUCAAUCGCCGCCGCCGCACUCAAACGUGAAACUUCCACCGGUUGUGGGUGGCCUGUAUAAUUCGCCACCACCUCCAGCUAUUCAAGGCUAUUAA